AAUAAUUGAAUAAUCUAAAGCGACUUAUUAACUGAACUUAUUUUAGUCUAUGUCAACGUAUAAUAUAUAAAAGUUUUGAGGCGUAACCAAUAACCUUAUACUAAGCCUUACCUGAUUUGAAAACGUUUCGCCGCCCCCGCAUUCAACAAAGUGCGGUGCACCCAUUUGAGAUUCUAUUAGACAUUUCAGAGUGAACGUUAAUGGCAUGUCUAAAACUUUUUUUGUGUUGAAACUAGGAAAAUUUUUCGAAUAGUUUCAGUUAUAAGAGCUCGAAAUUUCCUUGAUCGAUUGUGACAGAAAAUUAAAAAUAUUGAGUCUUCUUUGUUCAAAACUAAGGAAUAACGAUCAAAUCAAUGUCACGCUUUUCAGAUCGUCAGAAAAUGUAACGGCUCCACAACUAAAUAAAUUAAAUCUUCCUAUUAUUAAUACAUUCUCUAUUUAAAAGCGCUUAAGACGAACUAAAAUUUGCUCAAAAAGUUUUUCGAACGAGUCAGCCAAAAAACUUUCGAUUGGCAACUGGAACCCACAGAUCUCCACUAUUGGUCUUAUCUUCAGUCAAGGCCAAAGUAACGAUGCUGCCUUGUGAAAAGAAAUAGUUUUCGAAUACUGCUAUUGCAGAUGUUUCGCGGAGACAGUUAGCUACCCUUGUCAAUAAAACUGAAUUUUUCUAGAUGCUGUACGUGAUAAUAUACAUGUAAAAAAUUUAUUAAUAUGUUUGGAAAGGAAAAAAUUAUUGAUUUCUGGUAAAUAUCUUAAAACGGCAGUACGAACUAUAGAAUCUUGGAUGAAAACUUCAUCAGCACCAGAUAUAAAUGAACUACAAGAAUUUAAUGAUUUAUUAAUUCGUGACUAUAAAAUAACGUUGGAACGUUACAUAAAAGAAUUUGAAGAUAAUCAAGAUUUUCAAGAUACAGUAACGUUAACUGAUUGUGGUAUUCAAAAAAUAAAACAGAAAUCGUGGCGUUAUAUCAAUCGUAGUUCUGCCAAUGCUCAAAAUCAACCAGCACCUGAUAUACAUGAUUUUUUACGUAGUGAUUGGCGUCAACCUUAUACCGAAAACCUGCUAUCUGAUUCCGAUAAUUUAUUUACAAUUGAUACACCAGUGGCACAAACAACAAAAAACUUUCCAACAGAUAGUUUAAAAUCAUUAUUAGAAAAUACAGAAUUAUUCAAUCUAAUAUUUCAGACCUCCAGUAAAAGUCAUGAUGACGAUGUAAAUAAUAAUAAUAAUAAUAAUAAUUAUGUUGACAAGCUCGGUGGUGGUAUAUGGAGUGUGAAGCUGAUUCUGAAUGGUGACGAAGACGUCGAACUGAGACGACUCACAGAUCACAUGAAGAAGGAAAUACAAGGUACGAACGAUUUGUUCACAUUGGGAAGAUUACUGAUGCAGAUGGGUGAAUAUGAGAAAGCAGAAGAGUUUUAUCUGAUGAUGCUCGAGAUUAGUUGUGAGAAUGAUCGUGAUGUUGCAACUAUUUAUAACAAUCUUGGAUUGAGUUAUCGAGAAAGAGGCAACAAUGAUCAGGCAUUAGUUUAUUACAACAAAUGUCUGGAGAUGACAGUGAAAUCCUUGCAUGUAGAUUCACCAUUACUAGCCACAACAUAUAGCAACAUUGGAAAUGUGUACAGAGCAGAGGGUCAUUUGGAUCAGGCACUGAUGAACAUGGAAAAGGUAUUGAAAAUACAAGAGAAAUCUCUUUCGUCAGAUCAUCCAGAUCUUGCGACAACGUACAACAGCAUUGGGGAACCGCACAGAGAGAAGAAGGAGUAUGACAAGGCUCUAGAAUACUUUCGACAGUGCUUGAAUAUUGAACAAACAGUUCUUCCUGCGAAUCAUCCAUCAUUGGCGACUACAUAUAACAACAUUGGUGGUGCGCAUUAUGACAGAAAUAACUAUGCACAAGCACUGAAAUAUAUGCAAAUGACACUGGAGAUACGUCUGAGUUCAUUACUACCAGCACAUCCUUUUCUGACAGUGACAUACUGGAACAUUGGACGAGUGUAUGUAGCUCAAGAGAACUACUGGAAAGCACUAGAAAAUGUGACUGUAGCCUAUGAAAUUGCGAAGAGAUCCAAGCAUCAAGGCAUGCACGAGUCUGAACGAGGCAUUGAGAAACUGCAUGAGAAACUGACUAUUUUGAAGAGUUAG